GGAGGGCGUGGCGGAGACGUGUCUAACUGGGAUGCUUGGAGGCUCUUCCCGGGUGUCGGGAUCCGGAAGGCUGUGCCCAGUCCACCUGCACUUCGUGGGCCCAGCGAAGCAGCGUGGGGCGGCGGCGGCGGCGGAGGCCCAGGCUGGGAGCGGAGGCCGCCGGGGGCCCAGCCAUGGCCGAGUCGGUGGAGCGGCUGCGGCAGCGGGUUGAAGAGCUGGAACGAGAACUUGACAGGGAGAGAAGCCGGCAGGUCGUGGGCGGCCGGACCCGCAUCGAGAAGAUGAGCUCCGAGGUGGUGGACUCCAAUCCCUACAGCCGCCUGAUGGCCUUGAAACGGAUGGGAAUUGUCAGUGACUAUGAGAAAAUCCGUACUUACGCUGUAGCCAUAGUGGGUGUUGGUGGAGUUGGUAGUGUGACUGCUGAAAUGCUGACAAGAUGUGGCAUUGUUACUGCUCUUUGACUAUGACAAGGUGGAACUGGCCAACAUGAAUCGACUUUUCUUCCAGCCUCAUCAAGCAGGACUGAGUAAAGUGCAAGCAGCCGAGAACACCCUGAGGAGCAUUAACCCUGAUGUUCUGUUUGAAGUUCACAACUACAACAUCACUACAGUGGACCACUUCGAACAUUUCAUGAGUAGAAUAAG